AGAAGCCGCAGCCCAUGUCGAGCGCAGCCGCCGGAUCGGAGACCGGCCCGGGCACGGAUCAUGAGCUGCCCAUGCAGCAGCAGCCGCCGCCGCAGCAGCAGCAGCAGCACGAGGUGGUCUUGGCCAUGGCUGAGCUGCAGGCGCCAGCGCCGGCUUCGGUGGUCGUGGCCGCGGCCGAGGUGCCGGCGCCCGUCUCGGUGGUCACCAUCGUGAUCUCGCAGCCGGAGGAGGUGGCGCCCGAGCCCAAGGCCGUCGCCCAGGCCUCCCGGGCUCCUUUAGAGGUCGGGGACGACGUAGCCAUGGCCGCCUUGGCGGCUGCAAAGGAGGCGGAGCUGACCAGGUCCGACAGCUUCGACGAGCAAUGCAGAGUUUGUCAGCAAAAGUCGGAAGAACCUUUGGUAGACCUUGGAUGCAGAUGUCGAGGUGAUCUUUCAAAAGCUCACCGCACAUGUAUUGAUGUUUGGUUCCGUACUAGAGGUUCAAACAAGUGUGAGAUUUGCCAGCAGGUUGCUGUUAAUAUACCCCCUCCAGAGACGCAAGCAAGUGGUUGGUUUAGCCCACUCUGGGUUGCAUUUGCAAUUCUGAUUGGUGGUCUCUUAUUGGAUGUGCUGAUAUCUGUUUCUCUUGGCGUUUCUACCCUUCCAGUGAACAUAAUAAUUGGCGUUCUUAUUGUUCUCGGCUUGGGCACUGCCCUUCGACUAGCUCUCGAAUGCUGCCAGGAGUUUGGCUCACGGAGAAGCAUGCCAAGGAUGGAAAACAUGGCACCCAGCGGGUACCACCCAGGGGUAUAGUUAGGCCUGUAAAUAGUGUAGAGGCACUAAGUUUGCGUCAGUGCUUGGAUUCUCCUUUUGGGUAGCUGGUAGCUCUUACACGUAACAUUGCUCCACGAAGACGAGCUCAAAUUCAAAGCUUGUUGAUUACAAUGAAAUCAAACUCUGACAAUGUAAAUAUGGAGCUCCUGAGAUUUAUUUUUCUCAAGCUCAUGUUUGUUCUGACUCUAUUAGAGAUAGAGCUGCCCUA